CUCCAUCCCCAUUGACUCGGCUAUUCUGGUACCUAACAGGCAAGAGCUUUCUCACAACAACUUUAUACAAUUUCAAACAUUAGCAGGUUUUUAUAGAAGCUCCUCGGUGCCUGCCCCUCCCUCGCCCAAACGGGUGUUUGUGCCCGACCGUCAGGAAAUAACUGUGAGAGAGCUGAGGAACAAGAGUGAAGAAACCAGAAAACUAGUGAAAGGGGAAAGCAAGCAAAGGAGGGAAUUGGAUUCAGGAGGACAGGAAGCAGUGUGUGUGUGUGUGUGUCUUUUUUUCUCUGAAGCUGAAGAUGGCUUACACAGUAACUCUGAGUGGCCCUGCACCAUGGGGUUUCAGACUGCAAGGGGGAAAAGACUUCAAUAUGCCCCUAAACAUCUCCAGGAUAACUCCAGGCAGUAAGGCUGCGGGGGUCAAUCUAGUCCAGGGGGACAUCAUAGCGUCCAUAGACGGCAUGAGCACGGAAGGCAUGACUCACCUGGAUGCCCAGAACAAGAUUAAGUUGGCCACCAAUAAACUGACCCUCGCCAUGAACAAGUCAAGACGUCCUGCCCUUGUUGCUACGACAACGCCUAGAAUGGACUCUCCCAUGCCAAUUAUUCCUCACCAGAAGAUCAUUGCAAACACGGCUGGAAAUCAGGAGUAUGUGCCAAGCUUUAACGCCAUAGCUCUGAAGGACUCGGCUCUAUCCACCCAUAAGCCCAUUGAGGUGCGCGGCCCAGGGGGCAAGGCCACUAUCGUCCACGCUCAGUACAACACCCCGAUUUCCAUGUACUCACAGGAUGCCAUCAUGGAUGCCAUCGCCGGACAGUCACAGGGCAAAAGCCAUGAGGGUGAUGACGGACCGGCUGGCAGCCUGAUUGGUUCCCUGCCUGUAAAGGACCCGGUGGUUGACAGUGCAUCUCCAGUCUACCAGGCUGUGAUCCAGCCACAGGGCAAAGAGGAGGAGAUGGCCGAGUGGGCAAGACGGGCUGCCAACCUGCAGUCCAAGAGCUUCAGGAUGCUGGCCCACAUCACCGGCACUGAAUACAUGCAAGACCCAGAUGAGGAAGCCCUGCAGAGGUCAAGGGAUAGGUUUGAGUCAGAGGUGAAAGGACCUCGUUUUCGCAAGCUGAAGACCUGGCACAAUGGGCUCUCUGCUCAGAUCCUCAACGUCCCUAACUGAUCAACCAGAGCUGUCCCUCACCUAUGGAAUUCUUUAAAUGUUUGAAUUGUUUUUUCUUUUUCUUUCUAUUUGGGUGUUCUGUCUCUCCUAAUUGAUAGGGAACUGUACAAAAAAAGUAUUUAAGAUAAAUUGUCAAAGCAAUCAUUUAAAUGUUAGUGUCUGGUGGUAAAGGUGUGUUGCCCUACAACUCUACCCAGUUGUAAUACUAUAAACCCUUGGAAGUCAAUACAUAUAAUACAUAUAUAUAUAUAUAUAUAGAAAUACUUACGCUAACAGGGUCUUUGUUAUGGGAGAGCAGUGUAACAGUUACCAAGAAGGAGUCAGAGGCUGGAGCAGGGUACUAAAAUAUGAAAUACAAUAUUAAAAACAUGCCCCUUUAAAAUGUAAAAUCUCCGACUUCCUUUUAAGGUCCACCUAGUCUCGAUACAGGUUCCCACUCAGCCAAACAGGUUCUCACAUUAACUCUAGGUCCAUUUAAAGACAAGAACAACAGGACCUGUACUUUGCCCUGGAGAACACAGCGAAUGGAGUCAAUAAAUAUAGGGGAGUUAUUGAAAGCUACGACUCGACUGUGUGGAUAAAAACUGUUCAGAUGUGAUGAAACGAAAUACGAAAUGUAAAAGCUGUACGAAACCACCAAAACAGGUACUGGAAUCUUCUCACCCAGGCCACCGAGCACGGCCGUCCACCCAGGACCCACAACUGCCAACAUUAGAUCCUUGAGGGCCCUCUCCAACACGCACUUGGCUGUAGUUACUUACACUCUGCCUGGGUAGUAGGUUUGCACUGACCUACUGGUCCAGGUGUGCGAUGGCAUUUGCCUUGGUACUCAAUGUCCUGCUGCGAUUCCGACAGCUAGCUUGAUUUUGACGUCUGGCAUCAUGUUCAGGGGUGUCCAACCCUGCUCCUGGAGAACUACUGUCCUGGUUCUACACCUUCACCUGCCUACACCUGAUUCUGAUAAUUAGACAGAGACUGAAUGGGGCUUUAUAUACACAGGGUGGGUGUGAAAACAACCAGGACAGUUGCUCUCCAGGAGCAGGGUUGGACUCCCCUGAAUUGUAGAUUAUUCAACGGUUUCAGUCUCUGCUCCCUCGUGAUGUACUUUCGCCUAUAUCUGUGACAACACCCCAUGGAUCGCCCCUUCCCUAGUCCCAUUGGUUUGCAUGGGCAGCGCCCACAGUCUUGAUUGGCUUGGAGGCAAAUCACUCAGGUUCCGCUUUGUGCGAGUGUUGAAGAAACAGUAAAAGAACAUGCAAAACAGAUUUGUUAACGCAAAACGUCACACAUGACCAUACUCUGUAAAGCAAAUAAUGUGCACUGCAAACUAAACAAAACAUGUUGAGUGGCUAUAAAUGACACCAUGCUAAACAAACCAACACUCUGCUCGUCCACACUGUGAUAUAACGACAUAGACACGCAUGCGAACAUACACAGACAAAAACAAAGACUCAUGAACAUGCAAGGCACACACCUAUGUAUGCAUGCUAACAAUGAACAAAUAUGCAACUACAAAUACACACAAAUGCACAUUCACCACAAAUUUCAAAUGUACUAUUGUUAAUGUGAAUAAAUAUUUUCUCUAAA